AUAAGAUUACACUUCACACACAAAGGGAAACAGGACACGCACUUUCUUCUGCUUCAUAUUUUAACUCGCAUAAGAAGCACUGAAUUGCCAACAUCACUCUUGAUCAACACCAGCGAAGAAAAUGAAUAACAGCAUUUUGAAUUAUUUUUCGAUAAAGCCUACUGACAGCAACAGUGAAGCCAGAAGGGCAUCACAAACUGGUGAAAAGGUGCAGAAAAGAAUAAAUAUUACGAGCAAGAAAAAAGGAAACAAUGGCCGCGAUCCUCUAAAGGAAAGGAAGAACGGUUUUAGCAAGGAUGAAGUUAAAGAGGGUCCAUCAAAAAGCCAUAUGCAGCAGUGCAAUGAGGGGCAAAGCUACAGUUUCAAUUUCCGCUACCAAUCUAAGAUACAUGCAGUGGCAUGUGAUACAUCCAAGACUGUGCUUGAUGCUCUCAAUACAAACAAGAUUUUCAGGAAGAUUAAAACAGACAACAUGGAGAAAGAAAUAGUCAUCCAGAGAUCCAAAGGAGAAGUUCAUAGAGCUGCUGUGAAGAGCGACUUCCCCUGCUGUCUUAUUGAAAAAGAUGAGCUCUUAGACAUAACCUUCAUCAAAAGUACCGGAAAUGUUGAUGCAAAGAUAAAAACAACUGGAAGGCUUUCAUUCUCCAAUCAAUCAGAAAACUUAGUAAUAUUUUACAUUAAAACAAAAGGAGGGGAUAAAGUGAAACGCUUAAUGAAAAACCAUCAGCUGAGGAAGAAAGUUGAGGAUGUUUGUGUGUACGCAUUCAAAGAAGACAAUCUGAAGGAUGCUCUCCGGCGUGACGGACGCUUCAUCAAUGUCAUUUUCAAGAAACAGUGUGCACUCCGUGAGUUAGGGAGCGAAAUAAACCAUGUAAUGUCAAACACUGUAGAGCAUCUUGAUCGAAAGCAGUUUGAGGUCAUUGUCAUCAGUGAUAAAAACGAGCCAGACAGUCAAGACUUAUUGAGUGAUGUCAGCACUGAAAUGAAUGAAGCUUCAGCCGCUGAUUUGAAAGAAAACGUUGAUUCUAACCAGCAACCCGUCAACUCUGAACAAGAAGAAACUCAAAAGAGAAACACAAUGAAAUCCACAAAUACUUCAGCUAAAUGCUCUACAAUAAUUGACUCCACCGAGAUCCUGGGAAUUUUGCGCUCUCAGUUUAAAGGUUUAAUGGAUACUUUAAAACAGCGAGAGAACCUAAAGAAGAAGCCUGAGGUCCAGAAGUUCUUCAGAGCAAAAUAUGAUAAAAGCGUUCAGAGUUUUUUGGAGGUGAAGAAAGUGAAGCUGCUCACGAAACUCUCUGAACAUGUGUGUCAGAUUCGAGUGGAGGGAUCCGCCAAAGGAACCGGCUUCUUACUCUUCGACAGAUUCAUACUCACUAAUGCUCAUGUUGUUGGAGAAUUUCACCCUUUCUCCAUGAAGCUUUCAAAGACAUUCACUGCUGUAUUUGGAUAUGAAGAUUUAGAAGCAAAUGAGACCAAGUGUGUGCCGAUUAAGGAACAGGUUGCAGCGUACUAUUAUGGCAAAGACAACACGGGCAUGCAUCUGGACUUCGCACUUCUUGAACUGGAAGCCACUUAUGAAAUUGCUAACUGUCCUGGAUUGCUCAGUCGAUACACCCAUGGCCCUCCUCCUGACAAAGGUCAGAUCUGCAUUGUGGGACAUCCAGGAGAAGGGGUCAAGAAAAUGGAUCCCUGCUUCAUCAUUGAGAGAGAGAAUCUACUAGAGGCUGCAGAUAAACGCGUAUCUGAGAAUCGGGAUUUCAUUCAUGUGAUCACACAACAGUCUUUGGCAGAGAAAUGGGAAAUUCAUGACAACCAGAUCCAUUACGACUCUUGUUUCUUUCACGGAUCGUCUGGCUCUCCAGUUUUUGAUGAACACUGCUAUCUGAUUGGUGUGCACACUGGUGGAUAUGUGUACAAAGGAGCAAAAGGUAAAGAUAGAAGCAUUGUGGAAUAUGCCUACUCCAUGCAGCCCAUCCUGGAAAGGAUCAUCACACAGGCCAAGAAAAAUGAGAGAUCUGACAUCCUAAAAUUACUCUCUGAAUAUAAAUCUUUAAAUCUUAACUUGGAUGACAAUGAUGUGGACAUGGAAAUAGAUCCAUAAAACCAGGAAGACUACAUGAAUAAUGGGACAGCAGAGUCUUCAGUCUUGAUUAAUAAUAAUAAUAAUAAUAAUUCAUUACAUUUAUAUAACGCUUUUCUCAGCACUCAAAGUGCUUUACAUCUGGAAGGGGGAAUCUCAACCACCACCAAUUCGCAGCAUCACCUGGAUGACGUGACGGCGGCCAAAUUUAGCACCAGAAGGCCCACCACACAGCAGCUUAUUGGUGGAGAAGAGACAGAGGGAUGAAGCCAAUCAGUGUAUAUAUAUAUAUGGGGAUGAUUAGGAGGCCUAAUCAUUGGAGGCCCAACCCCAAAAGUGAUUGGCACCACUGAGUCUAUAUAUAUCACAUUCAUAUAUCUUGGGGUAUUAUGCAGGGAUGUUUAAUAAACAAUUUCAUUCAAUUAUGUGUUGAGUUAUAAGUUCUGUGUGAUUCCUACUCAAUGGUAAUGUGUCUAUACAUUGUCCCUAUUAUUGUCAUUGAUUCUUGUGUAACAUGUACAUUCUAUCUUAAAUAUGCAUUGGAGCGACAAAAAAACUACUUUCUGUUCUCUGUUAAAUUGUAUCUGUAUGAUUCCAAAAGAUACAUAAUAUACUUAAUUUCCAGAAAUCCUCAAUGCUAUAUUUUUGAUAGACAAAUGAAAAUGCUGUUAUUUACUAUUUACCAUUAUAUCAUUUCGAAUUCUGUGGAUGUUUGUAAAGAAAUAGGCAUACAUUGUAUAUCUCUUUAUAAAUCUGUUUUGUCUAUUUUUACAACUUGGUGCCUUAUUCUACAUUAAAUAAUCAUGCUGAUCAAAAUA